AUGGUUACAAGAGGAACAAAACGUUUUCGUGAAGGAAGAGAAGAUGUCAAUGAUGAUUCUCGAUCUGGUCGUCCAAUAGUAUCCAAACUUACAGAUGAAAAUAUUGAACUGGAAAUAUGGAAACAAAGAAAAUCAGCAGGCACAAAAGGUAUCAAAUUGCUUCACGACAAUGCUCGACCCCAUAUUCAUUCUGACGUUAUUAAUUAUUUAACAGAAGAAGGUAUCAAUAUAAUGGCACAUCCACCAUAUUCACUUGACAUUGCACCGUGUGAUUAUUGA